UGUCAUUUUCCUUCUGCUUUAGUUUAAUAAUGGACGUGACAGUGUUAAUCUUAGUGUUGAUUUCUUCACACGUUGUCGCGGCACAGCAUCGUGUCAAGUGUCCGACUGAGACGACCCAGGCAGAAGAAGGUGAUGAUGUUACACUUAGGUUUGAUCUGGAUCCCCGGGUCAACUUGUUGGAUUAUACACUGUACGUUACAAGAACCGACCUCGACGAGGUCGUCCACGUCUAUCGAAGUGGAAAGGACCUCACUGAUCCACAGAUGGAGCGAUACAGACACAGAACAACUCUCAUCCAUGAAGACCUGAGCAGAGGAAUCAUCACACUGCAGAUCUCCUCAGUUCAGCUGAAGGACAGUGGACCGUACAAAUGUCUUGUCCUAUUGAACGCUAGUUCUACUGGUUGUACCACUGCCCUUAAUGUUGUGAAAAAAGUCCAACACAACAAGACGAAGACAGAUGAUGUCAUGACCAGCACCUCGCCACCAAACCCUGCUGCUGAGACGGUGAAUGUUGGUGCCGUUGUUGGUGGAGUUCUCGGUGCUGUUGUUCUUGGUUUUCUCUGCGCUCUUAUCGGAGUUCUGGUGAAACGUGGAAUCAUCAAGGUUUGCAAGAAGACGCGCGGGGCGGCGGCGGCGGCGGCAGUCGAGGCAGUCGUGAUGCUGAGGCACAAAGCGACAGGCGGGGGUGACGACCUGCACGGCGGCGGCGCUGAGAGGGGAACCAGCUGAAGUGUCACCUGGACCAUGGGCGUAACCACGCAUCCUUUGGGGGGCUCGUUCCCCCCCCCAAUACUGGGAAAAUACCAAUCUGCCCCCCCCCCCAAAUAUUAUGUAUAAAUAUGUUAAAUAUUUCCUCCUUUUAUGAACCCUGGCUGUCAACUGACCCGUCUCUUAUUAUUUCCGAUUUAUUUUCAAUUUAUUUCCGUCUGUUAAGGAAAACAAAAGUGUGUGAUCACCCCCCUCCCGGUUGUACACUUGGUUGCGCCCAUAUAACAGCGGCUCCGUUUGAAGCGCCGACCUUGCCCAAAAAGCGGAAAAAGCAAGACUUACGAAAUUUUUUUCAGACAGUAAGCAACUACAGAGCUAAAGAGGAGUGACGUUGUCAAAAUGAGCCUGUUUAAUUAAUUUGAAAUAUUUAACUCGUUAAAAAGGGCUCAGCUUGUUAGUUAAGUUGAAGUGAAGAGACUUGUAUAAUAUGAAGCUAGUACCAACGAUGUCAUGAUAGCCUGUCACAAUUUGGGCUAAAUAACAAGCUAGGCUAAUUCUGGUGGGGGAAAAACUUUAAAUGUUAAUUCAGAUGGUCAAUACAUAAAAAUCAUAGAAUUGUGGGAAAUGCACUUUAAAAAAAAAAAAAAAAAAAAAAAAUUCUGGGGGAGGGCUCUCAUUUGGACCCCCCCAAUGUCUAUACCAUGGUUACGCCCUUGACCUGGACCCAGACAGAGAAUCCAUCCAAGCUCCUGGUUAACAACAGGAACUCUUGAGUAUUCGGUUCCCAUCAGCUGAUCGGUCGAUUCAAUCCGCUCUGACAUGAUCAACCAGUUUUAAUCCAGAACCAUGAAUGUGAGCAGAAGUGAAAGAGUCUGAAAUUCAACCAAAUAUAAAUGUUGUUAUUCAUAUUGUACAUAUAUUUAUUCAGCUGUAACCUGAUGAGGGACAAAGUUCUGCUGCUCUGAAGAUGAAAACAGCCUCAUGAAUUUGACGAUUUGCGGUUGAAAGAGCAAAAAACAUUUUGAUUAUCUAUUUUACAUUUUGCUCAACAUCAUUUAAUGACUGUAUUUCAAUAUGUAGUAAAUCUCACUUUUAAAUGUUUUUAAAAGUAUUUCAGCUUCACUGCCGUCAUCCUCUCUCUGAAAUAUCAUAUCAUCCACAAUAUGAUCAAUAACUGAUCAUUAGACAUGAUUCCUCACUGAUCGGAGCCUCGUGUCUAAAGCCUCACACAUUAUUUAUUGACAGUGCUGAAUGUUCAGAAAAUUUCAGAAAGUUUUCAGUGCUUUAAUCUCCCAGAGCAACUUGCUGAAAAUUAAUGUUCUCAGAGCAGUUUUCUGAAACAAACUUCCUGAUGACUGAUCCGCUGUGUGCAUUAGAAAUUAAACUAAGCUGUAUUUCCUGUUGUGUGUGUGUAUGCACUGUAUAAAGCUCUUUUAACCUGUAAAGAAAUAAUUAAUAAGAUCUGUUUUUAUUAUCUCUAUCACUAACAUCAUUAAAAUAUUUAUCCAAUCAGGAUGGUUUUGGUUUAAUUUGUCCAGAUCUUCAGAU